CUCGUGUGUUCGUUGUUUAAAAACAGGGCAACCCCCAUUGGAAAGUCCUGUCAUUAAAAGUAUUUCAACCGUGACCAUUGUAUCUCUGUAGGAGUAUGGUGAACUACAUUACCUCCUUAUCUAAUGUGUCAUUCUUCCAAAGACUGUAAGGUAUGAUUUGAAGGAAAUUUGCCUGCUAUUUCUAGCUGAUUGAAUAUCAUACAGAAUAGUCACGGGCAACAUGGUUCGCGGAAUUUCAUGAAAGGCACACAACGAAAAUUAUAUUAGUAGCGCGGCCCGUCUUUCGGGGAAAAAGGCUGUCCAUACCUGAUAUAGACGCUCUCUGGUUGGUUCGUCUUAAGUAAUAGAUACCGGCAUACAGACUUUCUACUUCGAUCUUUAUUACACAAAUAACAAUUCUGAACCAAUCAAAGUAUCAACCUAGCUUUCGAUUUCCGAUUGUAAUCUACUUUUUUUUUAUUUCCCGUCACUUAUAAAGUGUUUAUUUUGUUUUUUUAAAUCUCGCUCUACGCCUUCUUGCGAGCAGCAGCAUAAGGAGGAGGAAGGUGAAGGAACAGUGAUGUCAUGAUGCUGAUGAUGAAAUUAAUUUCGCCCAACUUCUUUAUAUAAUCACUUUCAGUUUUGUUUCGCGUGCAGUUCGGGAGAGGCGCUCCUUAUAAUAUAAAUUAUUUCCUUACGUUGGUUGGUCGGUUAUUUUGUACCUUCUAUUCCUUUUACACACACUCAUAUAAAUAUAUAUAUAUAGUCUUUGUGCACAGAUUGUCGAUAUAUAUCCGUGUCAUAAACAUCAAAUUUGUCCCUUACUCUAUUUGGGCUUAUAAGCAUCAAACUUCUAAACAAUCAGCUUUGAUAUGGAAUUUGAAAAAAAAAAGAAGUUUUUGGAAGAUCUUGAAGUAGAUUUAGAUUCUGGUACAGCUCAAAUAAUAAAUAAAGAUGGGAAAUUUCAAGUGGAAUAUUAUCCGUGCAAUAAGUUAAAAGGUUCUACAACUCAUUGUGGAAAAAUAGCAAGCCCCAAAACAAAUGAAGCUGAAGUUAUAGAAAGUUGCCUAAGUAUUUAUAAUCUCAUCAAAACUAAAGAAGCCCCUGACGGUGUAUUAUUAGAUCCAACAAAGAUCAGCAAAAGUUUAGCAGGGACAUACAAAGAAGGUAAAGAUUAUGAUGUUAUGGAUGAAAUCUUAGGCAAAGGAUUAAAUGGCCAAAUAGCUGUUGUUCGAGAUCGGGUGUCUAAGACAGACCAUGCUUUGAAAACGGUAAUGUUAGCAUUAUUCAACCCAAAUGAAAUUCGUGCCUGGGUGAGCCUAGAGGGAUGCAGUCAGUUCCCAAAUCUUUACAUGUUCAACAAAAUUGAUGGGAAAAUUGAGCUUCAUCAUGAAAUACUCAAAAAGGCUGUCACCCUCGCUGAUGUAAUAAAUGAUCGAAUGGGAAAACUGAGAGAGUAUCCAAGCCUUCUUCAUCAUUUUUCUCUGUAUGUUCUCCAUGGAUUAUUGGAAGCCUCUUCUACUAUGCAUUCAAAAAAGUGGCUGCAUGAUGAUAUACAUGAAGAAAAUGUUAUGUUACAGCCCCAACAAGACCCAUCAGAUUCUCCUCUAAGGUUGCGUAUGAUUGAUUUUGGACGAGUGAAAAACUUAAAAGAGGACCGUGUUGUCAAUGACAUUCAAGGAAUUAUCCGCAUUUUUACAUCAGUGUAUCUAACAGAGAAAUUCAACGAUGUAUAUGAUCUUCAGAAGAACUGGGAGACAAAACUAGACAAACAUUCUGAUGAUUUUAACUUAAGUUAUGAUCAUAAGCAAGAAUUAUUGGCCCUUGUCAAACUAGCCCUGGAUGUAACAUUAACUAAAGAAGAAGAAGAUCUGAAAAGAAUUGUUUCUAAAAAACUAAAAGACAGCAGAGAGGAAGCACCCGAAAUAUUAGAAGAUAUUGCAAAACUCAUUUUUCCUGAAAACUUUCCAGAUGAAAACAUGGAUGUCACUGAUGGCCCUUGUGUACAAGAAAUCAACUAUGAUAUCUUUGCUGUUGGAAAAUAAGGAAAAUGAAGCCAUCUUAUGCAACAGCAGUGUGGCAAUCUUUUAUAAAGAUAAAAGCAAGCUUCUAAUGAGCUAUGUCUAUGACAAACCACUUCCUCCCAAUGACAAUUUCUGGUGGAAACCAUUUAACUUAUGUUACUAAUAUUUUUGGUGAACAGUAUGAACGUCAUGAGUUUGCUAUUUUCUCUCAUGAAUUGGUAAACUUAUGAUCAUGUAUGAUAUCAACAUUAAAUUAUACCUUACAUAUGUAA